UGUCGCCACCCAGCCCUAAUUGCACCAGGUGUGCCUCUGAUUGUCGAGGUAAACGGCUACAAGCAGCUGCAGUGCUGCUUUCGAGCGUAACCCCAAACCUUUGCGUCUUCCAACGGAUUUGUUUGCCUCAUGUGCUUUAUGUUUUGGUCGCGACCAUGCCACUGUGAGAAAAAAAAAAAGAUGUAUUCAACGCUUAACUUCUCAACUUCAGCCGACUCCACCCUGUCAGGUGUUGACCCUCAGAGACUGCAGGAGCUGACUCACCGGUCCGUCAAAGUAAGCAUUAUUAUCGUUUUGGGCGUGAUGAUCACUUUGGGAAAUAUUGCAGUUCUCCUGGUUAUUACUUCCUCCGUGGCUGGCUGGUCAAGAAACUCUCGGUACUUUCUCCUCUCUCUCACUGCUGCAGACUCUGCGUUUGGACUGCUGGUCAUGCCCUUGAAUCUCUGGGUGAGUCUGCUAAAGGACUACACCGAAGGGCCAGAUGCGCUUUGUCACGUCGUGGCCUUUUGCAAUGCCACCGUCUACUCCACCUGCAUGUAUUCACUGGCCACGAUAAGCCUGGAGAGGUACGUCGCGGUGUUUUACCCGCUGCAAUAUUCAUCUCUGAUGACAAGAAAAAGGACACUGCUCCUGAUCGCGUUCGCCUGGUGCUUCCCUCCCUUUCUACUGUCGCCAAUAUCAUUUCCAGAUGGUAUUAUCGAGGUUCAUUUUUCAAAUGCAUCCCUGGUCUGCAAUCCGUCCUACUCCACAAAUGUUGGAUACUCCCUAAGCUUGACAUGCUUUAUAUUUUUCCCCUGCUCCAUCAUCAUGACAUACGCAAAUCUGAGAGUGUGGUGCGCGGCAAAGAGGCAGAGGCUGAAACUGCGCAAAUACGACUGUGCGCGUCGCAGGAGACACAAUGUGGCAUCCAGAGUGCUUGUGCCUGUGAUGGCAGCCUACUACACCUGUUGGACACCCUGCAUGGCAGCUAUGAUCUACAAUGCAGUCUCGGGCAGCAGCGCACCAGAGUGGAUUGAGUUCGUGGUGGUAUGGCUGCCGACCUCCAAUGGUUUCCUCAACUGCAUCUUCUACUUCUGGGUAAACCGAAGCUUCCGCAGGAAAUUCCACCUCGUCCUCCAAAGGCUGGCUCUGGCCUUCUGCCCAAAACUGGCCGACACCCUCGGAUGCCGCAGCACUUCAAAGACACAUUUUGUGUCCGGAAUUCUGGAUGAUAACAACAGUGUCUAUGAGCGUUCUUCCAGUGUAUCCUCCACCUGCACCCUGUUGAGUUUGGCUUAGGAUGUCCGCACCAGAAGAGCACCACUGGCAUGGUAAGAGACAUCGUCGGUGACCUCUGUGCUGUCUUGUAUUGUCCGCCUGAGCAGGUCAACUGACGUCAAAUUAUUGACAUAUCUCUAAGUAAGGUAUCAUUGGUAAGAUGUGGGUCACAUGGGUUGCAAUGCAGACAGAUUGGCACUAAAACAGGCUAUCAUGACAAGUACUUGAAAUAACCACUGCACAGUCUACAUCAUUGUGAUUUGAGUUAUUGAUGAUUGUAUAUUUUUCUUUUUUUUUUUAAACAAUGUUCAGUUGAGUGGAACAUGGGCUCAAUUUAUAACUUAUUUGGAUUUUUGUUUUGUUUUACCCAUGCACACAGAUUUGACAUACCAAGAUUUGAUUCAUUGUCAGAGACGGCAUCUUAAACCACCUUUUAGUUGUUUUAGUUGUCAGCCUUGUCUGUGCCCCAGAAUUGCCUACCAUUAUUUUGCAUACAGAUAUAUAACUAAUCUUUUAUUCGUGUCAGCUGUUGUGUAUUUAGACUUGUUGCUUAGGUCAACAUAUUUCACCUCAGACAUUUGAGGUUAGUCAAUUGGAUUGUCACAAGAAACUGAAAUUUAGACUCUUAUUCAUAUGACAAAUUUGUGAACUAACAUCACUAUCCAAUUACAAAAGCUUAGAAAGAUUAAAGCCAUCAAACUCUCCUUCAAUUUAAACAGUGCGUCGAAGACCUUGGCAUACAACAGCUGGGAGAAGUUAACCUUUAAGUCACGGCAUUUCAGUGUAUGCAAGGAGAAAACUAAUUAUGCAGCUACACUGGAGAAAGGUCACCACAUUUGUGCCGGAAAGAGAGAACUUGGGUAACUUCUGAGGCUGCGGUUGUUUAUUUUAAGAUAUUAAGUCCAAGAUCAUCCUCUCAGUAUCUUCUAACGCAGUAUGGACUCAACUUGGCAAUGCCAAUGACAUGUUCUUCACUGAAUAGAGUUAGCUGUCAUGGUGAAGAUUGAUUUAGAUUUAAAGUUGAUCAGGAGUAAGAGUCUUUCCAAAAACAUUCAAAGAAACUGAAAUUCAGAAACAUUUUAUGCAACUUAUUUUAGCCUUUGGUUGUCCCCAUCAUUCAUGUUUGUACAUAUGCAAAUGUGUUAAGCAUCAGAAGGUCUGUCACUAAAUCAUGCAAUAAGAUACCCAACUUAAUAAUGACCUUUGUAUGUAUACAUUUUGUUGUGUUUCUAAAUUCCUAAUUUUAUAAAGAAUGAACAAAUGACAAUUAAUAAUGUAUUGGU